CGGCUCUGCCGUGAAGACCUUUGCAUUGUGGGAACUUCCUUUCUCACUCCCCGGCCAUCUUGCCGGCUGCUUUUGGUUGGGGGCCGCCCCGCGCCUAAGGCAGGAAGAUGGUGGCCGCAAAGAAGACGAAAAAGUCUCUGGAGUCUAUCAACUCUAGGCUCCAACUCGUUAUGAAAAGUGGAAAGUACGUGCUGGGAUACAAGCAGACUCUGAAGAUGAUCAGGCAAGGCAAAGCGAAACUAGUCAUCCUCGCCAACAACUGCCCAGCUUUGAGGAAAUCUGAAAUAGAGUACUAUGCCAUGUUGGCCAAAACUGGUGUCCAUCACUACAGUGGCAAUAAUAUUGAAUUGGGCACAGCGUGCGGAAAAUAUUACAGAGUAUGCACACUGGCUAUCAUUGAUCCAGGUGAUUCUGAUAUCAUUAGAAGCAUGCCAGAACAGACUGGUGAAAAGUAAAUCAUGUAAAAAUUUUCUUUAAUAAACCAGCCAGAGCUUGUUUUAAAAAUAUUGUAUCCAUUUGUUAUUUUCCUUUAUAUAUUUUUUGUUUCUGCACUCUUUUCUGAAGGUAGAUUUAGAGAGGGUGAGGCAACUAGAUGUGGUUGCAACUUUGAGGUUAAGAGGCAUACAUCUCAAUUUCAGUUUUUUUUGUUUUGUAAGGGGGCAUGCACUGAGUUCCUUUCCAGUACGAGGUUUUUAAGAGACUUGAUUUUCUUAAUUCCUGUCUUGGGACAUUGUUAACAUUUUUAUGCUUCUGAGGCAACAAAGUUCAAUGAUACCAAAGUUGCAAUUGGCAGUCCAGUUUAAAUCUACCAAAUCUUGAGUAGCAAAGAGCAGCAAAUGAAAUAUAUUCCCCCACCCCCGGAAAGUUGUCAUAGAUUAAGAAAAGCUCUAAUGAACUUUAAUGAAGAAGGAACUUUCCUAUGGGUAGGCAAUGGUAGGGGUAAAUGGAAUGUACUUGGAUAACUUCAGAAUAAUCCCAGGUAUUCAAUAAAUGUUAAAUCCAA